AUGAACCUCACAACCCUCACGAACCUCAUAAACCUCACGACCCUCAUGAACCUCACGACCCUCAUGAACCUCACGACCCUCGUGAACCUCACGACCCUCGUGAACCUCACGACCCUCGUGAACCUCAUGAACCUCACGACCCUCGUGAACCUCACGACCCUCGUGAACCUCACGACCCUCACAAACCUCACGACCCUCGUGAACCUCACGACCCUCGUGAACCUCACGACCCUCAUGAACCUCACGACCCUCACGAACCUCACGACCCUCACGACCCUCACGACCCUCAUGAACCUCACGACCCUCACGACCCUCACGACCCUCAUGAACCUCACGACCCUCGCGAACCUCAUGACCCUCACGACCCUCACGAACCUCACGACCCUCACGACCCUCAUGAACCUCACGACCCUCACGACCCUCACGACCCUCAUGAACUUCACGACCCUCACGACCCUCAUGAACCUCACGACCCUCACGACCCUCAUGAACCUCACGACCCUCGCGAACCUCACGACCCUCACAAACCUCACGACCCUCGUGAACCUCACGACCCUCGUGAACCUCACGACCCUCAUGAACCUCACGACCCUCACGACCCUCAUGAACCUCACGACCCUCGCGAACCUCACGACCCUCACAAACCUCACGACCCUCGUGAACCUCACGACCCUCGUGAACCUCACGACCCUCAUGAACCUCACGACCCUCACGACCCUCACGACCCUCAUGAACCUCACGACCCUCGCGAACCUCAUGAACCUCACGACCCUCACGACCCUCAUGAACCUCACGACCCUCACGACCCUCACGACCCUCAUGAACCUCACGACCCUCGCGAACUUCAUGAACCUCACGACCCUCACGAACCUCACGACCCUCACGACCCUCACGACCCUCAUGAACCUCACGACCCUCACGACCCUCACGACCCUCAUGAACCUCACGACCCUCGCGAACCUCAUGACCCUCACGACCCUCACGAACCUCACGACCCUCACGAACCUCACGACCCUCACGAACCUCACGACCCUCACGACCCUCACGACCCUCACGAACCUCACGACCCUCACGACCCUCACGACCCUCAUGAACCUCACGACCCUCGCGAACCUCAUGAACCUCACGACCCUCGUGAACCUCACGACCCUCACGAACCUCACGACCCUCGUGAACCUCACGACCCUCGUGAACCUCACGACCCUCAUGAACCUCACGACCCUCACGAACCUCACGACCCUCACGACCCUCAUGAACCUCACGACCUCACGACCCUCAUGA